CAAUGGGUACGCAGAAAGAUCAUCCCGAUUACCCUGGAAGCUGAUCUCAGAUGCGGGUGAAGAAUCAAGCGAAGCAGGUUCCACCAGGUGAGAUACAUAGACCCCCAACCUGGGUGGAAGCAGUGGGAGAUGUCAUUCUUUGCUGGAUCUCAGUGAAGGAAGAACACCUUCUCCAGCUGUGACUGAGGUACACAAGAUGGGUCUGACUCUCAGUGUUAUUUUUGAAGCACAGCUCAGGUGCUGCAUAUGUCUGGAUGUCUUCACCAGCCCUGUCUCCACUCCAUGUGGACACAAUUUUUGCCAGGCUUGUUUGCAAGGCUACUGGGACAGAUGUGAUUUCUAUAGAUGUCCACUGUGCAAAGCGAUUUUUGACGAAAAGCCAAAACUGAGUAUCAACUAUAGCUUCUCUGAAAUAACUGAAUUAUUCAAGGAGUCAAGACAAGCUAUCUGUUCCAAGACGGAGCUGGAAAGGACCAGAGCUGAUAUUCAAAAGUUUAUUCAGGAAAGAUGGAAGAAGCUGGAGGAGAUCCAGAAAUCAGUUGAGCUCAGCAAGAUCAACUCCAGGAGGGACAUCGAGGAUAGUAUCCAAGCCUUCACUACCCUGGUGGGUUCCAUUGUGAGGAGCCAGAUAGAGUUUGUCGAGAAGGUGCAGGAGAAGCAGAAGGCAGAGGAGACGAGGGCAGAGGGGUUCAUCAAUGAGUUGGAGAAGGAGAUCACGGAGCUGCAGAGGAGAAACAUUGAGUUGGAGCAGCUCUGGUACACUGAGGACCUCAUACACUUCCUACAGGACUGGACCGAGGCCAACGUCCACGCUGAUGUCGGUGUGGGGACAGUGAGAUGUGUCACGUCUGGACUGAAAAGGGCAUUUAGAGAAACUGAGAAUUUCUCCUCUACGGCAGAGUUCCCGAGAAUGCAGCUGCAUGCAGUUGACGUGACGCUGGACCCCAGCACAGCAAACCCUUGGCUCAUCUUGUCUGUGGAUGGGAAGCAGGUUUGGGAUGGUGACACUCAGUUACAUCUCCCGGAUUACCCUAAGAGGUUCGACAGCUCCGUCUGUGUCCUGGCGAAAGAGAGCUUCACCACAGGGAGGCAUUACUGGGAGGUGGAAGUGGGAGAAAAGAUAGCCUGGGACAUUGGAGUGGUCAGAGAGUCAAUCAACCGGAAAGGUAUCAUCAGUGCCAACCCCGAGGAUGGCUAUUGGACGAUGUGUCUUCGCCACAGCAACAUGUACAGUUGUUGUGGGACCUGUUGUUUUUCCCUGCCCCUGAACAGGAGGCCCCGGAAGUUGGGGGUGUAUCUGGACUAUGAAGAGGGGCAGAUUUCCUUUUAUAAUGUUGAUGCCCAAUCUCACAUGUACACACACCAUCACACUUUCACAGAGCGCCUCUACCCAUUUUUCAGUCCAUACACUAACGACGACGGGCCUAAUACUGCCCCACUGGUCAUUCCUCCUGUCAGGACGGCCGCUCAGUGAAGCGCGGGAGGGGCAUCAGAUUCUAUCUGCGAUGUCAAGUAACAGUGUCGCUGGGAGGGGAAAUUAGCAGCCAUUCAAAUAUCACGGCAGGUAGGAGGGAAUCAGUUUUGCCAUUACCACUGUCCCUGAGUACUUGGAUUAAAUAGUGCGAAAGCCAUCCGGGUAGCAUAAAAAGUGUGAAACUGGUUUUAGCUAUAUGCCUAUAUAUAUUUUCAUAUCUGUUUUGUUUUCAUCUGACACUCAUUUAUUAGAGAGGCUACAAGAUGGCCGACACUCAGUUGAACUCUUGCAACUCGUAAAACCAGUUAUAAUGUCAGCUUAUCUCUGUUUGUUGCUGAAAAUGAAAACAAGAAACCUGAAGCUGAUAUGCUUCCUAGGAAUGUUUACUUCAGCAGUAACGUUAACAGGAAAACAACAUUUCCUAGGAAUUCUAAUUGUUUUACAUUCUCCUUUCCAAAGGUAUUUCCUUAUUCAUUUCUGCAGUAGAGGUCUCAUCUCUUACAGUGUAAAACAUCGACGUGACAUUUCCAUGACUUUAAGCAUGUAAAAAUAAACAUUAUGCUGGAAAAUGUUGCCUUAUGGCUACCCUGGGCAAACAAAACAGUGUGGCGUAAUAAUUUUCCAUUACAAAUGCUUGACUGUGAAUACAGAUUUCAGCCGCGUCGAUAAAUGUGAAGAAAUAAGAAUGCGUGAAUAGAAAUGUUGUGGAAUGCUGCAAGAAAACAAUUGUAUAGAAGCAUUGCUGAAAUGUGAAGAUAUUUCCCUCAUAAACAUGUGAUUCACUCGCAUCAUUCAUUCACAUGUUAUUUAUGUAUUUUUUUACUUGUAAUUUAUUUUAUUAUUUUUGUAAUUUAUCACUUCUCCUUCUCUGGAUCCAUACUGCUUAUCCUACAUGGAAUCAUGAGCAGGCAGAGGCCUGUACUUUUUGCUGGGGGGUAGCAGUGCAUAUGAAGCCUGAUCACACCAUACCUAAGACACACAAGGCCAUUGCAGGACCAUGGUCUCCUUGUUGUUCUCACAGACCAAAGACAUGCAAUUAACUGGAGUCUUUAAAUUGCCCACACCAUACUGUAAAGUGCCCUGAGGUGGACUGGCACCCCGUCCAGAGUGUAGCCCAGCCAUGUGCCCGAUACUAUAUAGGCUCCAGGUCCCCACAUGACCCUGACCUGGAUAACAGGUUAGAAGAUGGAUGGAUGGAUGGCUGGAUCUCUUUCCUUUCCAUUCUUAUUUAUAUAUCUUCAACUGUUCCUCUUUUUUGUCAAAAUCUCUCAAUCCUGCAUUAUCCUCUAAAGCAGUGCAAUUUAAUAUUUUGAAAACAAAACAAAAAAAAACAUCUUACUUGUAAUAUUGCAUCUGUGCACUGAACCAGCUCUCAUUACCGGUAGUAAUCAUGUAUUUCACCCUGAAUAUGAGUUUAUGCUUUGUAUCUUAUAUGCUUUAUGUUCAUAAAGUUCACUGGACGGACAAUCAACAUUAA